GAUCCUGCGCGGACGGCCAAGAUCGUCGGGUGGGUCCCCAAUUCCCCAUCUUCCUCCCGGUCUCGCAAUUCCUCAGUCAGUCGGCUCGCUCCGUCGCCUCCCCAGUUCCGUCGGCUCUCCGCGUAGCCUCCGCCCCCAGAUCGGCGAAGCGAGGGAACCAAGCUCCGGCCCAGAUUCACCUCGCUGCUGACGACGCAAGGCCAUGGAGACGCAGCCGUCAUUCCGGUCUACUUCCAAAGGACAGACAAGGAGAGAGAGGCCUAGAACUCGCCCUCAUGGCCUGACCAAGCAGAAGAGGCAGGAAAUAAAGGAAGCCUUUGAUCUGUUUGAUACUGAUAACUCUGGAACCAUUGAUGCCAAAGAGCUGAAUGUUGCCAUGAGAGCCUUGGGAUUCGAGAUGACUGAAGAGCAAAUCAACCAAAUGAUUGCUGACGUUGACAAAGAUGGCAGUGGAGCCAUCGACUACGAGGAGUUUGAGCACAUGAUGACUGCCAAAAUCGGAGAAAGGGAUAGCAAAGAGGAGCUUACAAAAGCAUUCCGCAUUAUCGACCAAGAUAGAAAUGGAAAGAUUUCUAAUAUCGACAUUCAGAGGAUUGCCAAAGAGCUGGGUGUAAAUCUCACCCUUGACGAGAUCCAAGACAUGGUGCAAGAGGCGGAUCGAAAUGGUGACGGCGAGAUUGACUUUGACGAGUUCACCAAGAUGAUGAGGAGGACCAGCUAUGGCUACUAGGCGGACCAUCUGUGCGAGCGCUUGAUGUUGUGCAGUCGUUCUAUAGCUAGCUACCGUUUGUGUUGUUAAUGAAGUCGCUGAUGUAGUCACUCUGAAGUUGUGCUUGACAAUGGCGUAUGAUGUGAGGUUAGCGGAUGAUAUAUACUUUAAAGACCCGCAUGAGAAUACUGAUGGUUUCAUCGGUU